GGCAGGGUGAUGUGUGCGCAAACCAGGGACAAUUCCAGGCACAGGGGGGGCUUGGGGCCUCAGCCGGGCUCCCUCCGUGACUGGACAGCGGAUUGGAGACUCGGGCAACAGGCGACAAUCUACCCCUGGGCAGGGGCUCGGGCAACAGACGGCAACCUACCACUGGGCAGGGGCCUCGGGCAACAGAAGGCAAUCUACCCCUCAACAGGGGCUCGGGCAACAGACGGCAACCUACCACUGGGCAGGGGCCUCGGGCAACAGACAGCAAUCUACCCCUCAACAGGGGCUUGGGCAACAGACGGCAACCUACCACUGGGCAGGGGCCUCGGGCAACAGACAGCAACCUACCACUGGGCAGGGGCCUCGGGCAACAGACGGCAACCUACCACUGGGCAGGGGCCUCGGGCAACAGGCGGCAAUCUACCCCUGGGCAGGGGCUCGGGCAACAGACAGCAACCUACCACUGGGCAGGGGCCUCGGGCAACAGACAGCAACCUACCACUGGGCAGGGGCCCCGGGCAACAGCCAGCAACCUACCACUGGGCAGGGGCUCGGGCAACA